AUGUCCUCUAUCUCCGCCUUCUUGAGUCUUCCCCUCCUCACACUCUUUUCCCUCCCUCUCGCCCUGUUGGCAUGCUUCACCACCUUCCUUUCCAUCAUAUUUCUCCUCCUACGCUUCUCUGUCAUCUAUAUUGAGCUAUGCCUUGCCAUAAUCACAAAUUACUUCGUCAUCCCAACAGCUGCCAACACCUCCCUCCUCAACUUCUCCGCAUCUGAACCCACCACCCCAGCAGCCUCAACAACACCCAAGCGUCGCUCAGUCGACCACAGCUUAAACAAUGGGCUUCUCACUGCCCUCGCAACAUAUCGUCCAGGCUACAAUCCUCCCCGUCGAACAAACAGUUUAACCACCACAACCUCCACUUCCUCAACCUCCCAAGACACUACCACUGUUCCACUCUAUCGCAAAGAUGAACCCGCAAAUAACGCUCCCUCUGCCCUCCUAACUCUGAUCAGUGGCGACGAAGGCCGCGACUUUGAAGGUCUAGGCGGCUGGCGCUGUGCGACAACAGCAAAAGCAGCAGCAGCAACAACAACCACAACAGCAAGAUACCCAGCCCAUCAUCUCCUCUCAGACACCGCCUCCCCCUCACCAAAUAUCACCACCAGUGAAUACGACGAGAGAGCAUGGCUAUCCAUCAACGAGAGACUAGAACUCCCCUCCCAACCUCUAUUAUCCAUCCGAAACAACAGCAACAGCAGCAACAACGAAGCUCUCGAAUCCCUCCCUUGGAGACAUCGGCAAAUGGCUUCAACCAGCCCGCCCCCCGGAGGCAGUAAUAACCUCAUUCGCAGUCCCCGCCAUCACCAUCGUUCCGCAACCACCUCCUUACUAUCCACUAGCCUGUCCCCUAGGUCUUCACUGCCAGACGCCGUUCCCCACCACGGUCUAGACCAUCCACAGCGUAGGGCUACCUCGCCACUACUAUCACAACAGCAAAAUAGUACGAAUACCCUCUUCUGCACGCCCUCGCCCACUGGGAAGUUUCCAGGCGCAUCGAUCCCUCGGGUAUCGAGCCCUACUGAAGGAUCAGGGGGAUAUUUUUCCUUGCGACCCGGUAGCACGAGCAGCACGAGCGGGUCAACAACACCAGGUGAAGAGCGACGAUCGCCUAGACCCUCGGCCAAGUCCAUGGUGCAUUACCCCGCGGGCGUGAGAUAUCGUCGGAGGAGUAUGUCAGGGCCGAAUAGUGGGGUGAAAUUGACCAAGGCGUCGUCGGGCACGGAGCGGGCGUUGUAA